GGAGGAUAAGAGCAAGAUACUAAUACCAAGUGCAGGAAAUGGAUUUCGGGGUUCCAAUAUCAGUCUAUCUCUUGAUCAAUGCAAUGACAGCGCUGAUGGGAGAGGCAGCCAGGACUGUCAGCCCCCCAGUCACAACCCCGCAGAGUAACUGGACAGUUAACAAAACAGAAGCUGACUACACAGAAGUACCCAUAGCCUUGAAGUUCUCACAUCCCUGCCUGGAAGACCACCAUAGUUACUGCAUCAAUGGUGUCUGUGCAUUCCACCAUGAGUUGGAGAAAGCCAUCUGCAGGUGUUUUACUGGUUAUACUGGAGAAAGGUGUGAGCAUUUGACCUUAACUUCAUAUGCUGUGGAUUCUUAUGAAAAAUACAUCGCAAUUGGGAUUGGCGUUGGAUUACUAUUAAGUGGUUUUCUUGUUAUUUUUUACUGCUACAUAAGAAAGAGGUAUCUAAAAUUGAAAUCACCUUACAAUAUCUGUUCCGAAGGAAGACCCCUGUGA